CGGAGAUUGAGCGGACGCUGCCCGCGUUGCGCUCUGUGUUGGAAAACGCACAAAGGACUGCCGCCAUUGUGGAUCGUCUACGUCUACAUCGUCUCUAGUGGAUACUUCGGUUAUUGCUGGGGUCGGCGGAUUCUGAGGCAGAGGACAGCUGGGACGACGAUCGAGCAGCCGCGGUUGCUACGCCCGCCGAGCUCGAAGCGGGUGGCGCCGACAGUUCGGGAGUGGCCUCGUUGCCACAGGGGCGCUCGGUGCCGCAAAUCGGUGUCACAGGGUCGGCGGCUUUCGUGCAGGCAUGGCCAGCGACAUGUGCAUCGGGAGGGGCACUGGCUCCAGUCGUCCCGCAAGAGGCUGGCUGGCCGCAGACGAUGAUCGGCGUGUGGGCGCCUAUGACGUACAUGUUCGUGGACUUGAAUCAGUCCGCCAUGGCUUUCACCAGUGCUGGUCUGUGGCAGGCUCCGAGUUUGCAGCCGGAGUGGCCUGAUAGCUCGCGGCUGCAGCAGCCGCCGCAUCCCCGCAGCAGCAGCCGCCGCAGCCGCAGCAGCAGCCGCCGCCGGUCACCCCGCCGACGCCGCCGCCUGAGCAGGCUGCUCGCGAGCGUACGCCAGGGCUGCGGAUGGUCGGCUGCGCCGCGCUGCGUGAGGGCGCGCUCGCACGCGACGCGCUCGGCGGCACCGAGAUGCCAGGCGAUGGCGGCCAGGAUGUGCCUUGCACUGCGGCUUGCCCGUGCCAGCGGAGGCUUUGCAUCAGGGCGGGGCGCAAGGGCAGCCCAUGCGAACAUAAAGAUCCCGGGCAUUGGAGUUUCUUUUGCCAUAACGCAGAGGCCCACGAAGAGCUCGCGCGCCAAGUUCGCCAGCGGGCCAGGGUCGUCAGAAGGAACGCCAGAGCUGCCCGCGAAGGCAAGACCAGGCAUGCUAGCGCUGACGAGAUGGGGGGCUAUCAGUAAGCUGGAGGCUCGCGGUCGCCACGCGAGUUGGCGCAGGGGUACGGUUUCCCCAUUUUCCAUGCCGUACCAGUGCCCCCCGGAGUUCAGUUCGGAGAAAAUGCCUUCGGAAGGGUCUUCGAAAACGUAAUGUUUUGAAUGACGAUGCUGACGAUGACGAUGAUG